UCUAUACAGAAGCACGCCUGAAGGGCCAAGCGACUGCGAUGAAACUCUCUCGCUCUCCAGUUCCAUGAACUCCGUCGCUCUCAGCUCGCUCGCCGGACUCAUGCGCUUCGCUCCGGGAAAAGUCGUCGGCGCCGGCGUCGGCUCAUUCCUCUCCCUCCCCUCGACGGCGCAGCUUUCCCACCCAGUUUUCCCGGGAAACGGGCACGCCCUUCGUUCGCUCUGCUCGUCGCACUCCCUCGACCUGCCGACCCUGACGGAGCUGGUGUCCAAUCAGCACUAUUCGGAGCUCAAGGCGCGCCUCAGGGGCUCCGGCUCAAACCCCGCCGCGGUCCUCCGGCAAAUGCUCGAUUCCGGGUCCGACCCGGAGCUCGCUCUCAGGUACUUCAGAUGGUCCCGGGACGAGCUCAGGCUCUCCCACGCGCUUGAGCUCGCUUUCAGGCUCUCGCACUCGCUGGCGAAUGGCAAAUUGUACUCAAAGAUGAGAUCUUUCUUGGACGAGUUCGUGAGGGUGAGUGAUGGGUACACGGUUUCUUCGGUAUUUCACUCCAUAUCAAGCUGCGAUGGCGGGUUUUGCAACGGCUCGAUCAUCGUUGACAUGUUGGUGUGGGCAUAUGCGAAGAACGGGAAGACCCAGUUGGGUUUUGAGGCAUUUAAGCGAGCUGGUGAUUAUGGGUAUAAGCUGUCGAUUACUUCUUGUAACCCACUGAUGAGUAAUUUGGCGAAAGAGGGGGCAGUUGGGGAUUUGGAGUGUGUUUAUAAAGAGAUGAUCAGGAGGAGAAUUAAGCUCAAUGCAGUGAGUUUUAAUACGAUGAUUUCGGGCUUGUGUAAAGCUCGGAAAUUGAACAAGGCUCGGGACGUGGUCGAAGACAUGAAAGCUUGCGGGGUAUCCCCGAACGUGGUCACUUACAAUGCCAUCAUUGAUGGACACUGUAAAAGCGGGGGAUUGAGCAGAAUGUACAAGGCAGAUGCGAUUCUAAAGGAGAUGGUCGAGAGCAAGAUCUGCCCGAAUGAGAUUACAUACAAUAUCCUCAUUGAUGGAUAUUGCAAGGACGACAAUGUGGCGGCUGCGGUCAAGGUAUUCGAGGAAAUGCAGAGGCAAGGUUUGAAACCUAAUCUUGUCACGUAUAAUUCUUUGAUCAAUGGGCAUUGUAAUAGUGGGGAGAUUAGUAAGGCUGUUAGCUUGCAAGAUCAAAUGUGGAGUUCUGGUUUGAAACCGAACAUUAUCACCUAUAAUGUGCUCAUACAUGGGUUUGGGAAGAAUGAUAUGUUUAAGGAAGCAAGAGAGAUGCUUGAUGUCGUCGAGAAAGAAGGGUUGGUUCCCAAUGUCAUCACAUUCAACAUUCUAAUUGAUGCUUGCUGUAACAGUGGAAAAAUUGAAGAAGCAUUCUUGAUCCAUGCUUCAAUGGCAAGCAAGGGAGUUCUCCCUGAUGGUUCAACAUACAAUAGUUUGAUUACUGGCCUAUGCAGAGAAGGGAAAAUGGACGAGGCUGAGAAACUGUUUGGGGAGAUGAAGGAUAACAGCUUAAAGCCCAAUGUGGUUACAUUUAACAUAUUAAUUGGUUCGUUGUGCAAGAAGAGAGAGUCUAGAAAGGCGCAUAGGCUCUUGGAUCGUAUGGUUAAAAUCGGUUUGAGUCCCAAUCAUGUGACUUAUGAUACUCUAAUGGAUGGAUAUUGCACAGAAGGGAAUCUCAGAGCAGCAGUGAAGGUUCGGGAACUGAUGCAGAAAGAAGGUUUGCGAGCGAAUAUUGCUACAUUUAACGUGUUGAUUAAGGGUUUCUGUAAGCAGGGUAAACUGGAAGAUGCAAAUAGCCUGCUUAAUGAAAUGUUGGAGAGAGGCGUGGUACCAAAUCGAACUACCUAUGAUAUAAUUAGAGAGGAGAUGGUAGAUAAGGGCUUUGUACCAGAUAUAGAUGGGCACAUGUAUAAUGUAUCAGGCUGACCAAUCACAAUACUUCAAAGAGUCAGCCAUUUUUGUUUCAGAUUGCCUGUGUUUGGUGGGAUUUCACAAGCUAUUUUGCCAAGGAUAUCGAAUUUGCGCUUGGAUAUUUUGCCAGUAAACAGAGACUUGGAGCAAAAUUUCCUGAGAGAAGUAAACCCAACAAGACAGCUCAGGUUACCAGGCUACUUGGAGUGAUUUUGAUGUGACGCGGAAAUAUGUGGAUUGUUUGAUUGCACCUGCCAUGGGGAAAGUCCAGGAGGACUACCAGGCUACUUGAAUGUGAGUAUGCAAAAGAGGUUUAAACUUUUUGGCCCCUCCUCUGCUGGUGCGGACAAAAAGGGUGGAUAAAACAAAUUUCAAGGAAUAAUUCUUCCCGAAUAUCACUAUCGUUGAUUCCAUUAUGGACAAGCUCCCUCCCAAAGCCACCAAACUCUAAUUAAUCAAUAAAAUUCGCAUGCUUCAGGUCAGUACGAGCACAACCUGUACCUGAUUUAAUGCACCUGACCUGAUGUGAUAAUCAAUCAAAUGCAAGCAUCCUCAAAUAUUGUAGGGACUUGAUAUGAUCAUGUAAGAUUUCGAUCCAUAGUCUGAAUGGCUUCUUCAUUGAAUCUCA